UUAUGCCUGUGUUACCUCGAUGUAUACAGAAAUGGAAUUUGCCUGAGUUUUUUGUUUAAGUUUGAUAUUGUGCGAACAUUUGACUAUGCUGCUAUAUGGCAGAUUUUCAGAGCAUUGUCUUAUAUCCACCGUGGUAUUGGAGUGUGUCACAGGGACAUCAAGCCUCAGAACUUACUGGUGAAUCCACAUACCCACCAGGUUAAAUUAUGUGAUUUUGGGAGUGCCAAAGUUUUGGUUAAAGGGGAACCCAAUAUUUCUUACAUCUGCUCUAGAUAUUAUAGAGCACCUGAGCUUAUUUUUGGAGCGACGGAGUAUACUACAGCUAUUGACAUUUGGUCCACUGGCUGUGUGCUUGCUGAGCUACUUCUUGGACAGCCUUUGUUUCCUGGUGAGAGUGGAGUGUUCAAGCUGGUUUUGGAAGUUGUUAUUGUUUUGGGUACUCCAACAAGGGAGGAAAUAAAAUGCAUGAAUCCUAACUAUACCGAAUAUAAAUUCCCACAAAUUAAAGCUCAUCCGUGGCACAAGAUUUUCCACAAAUACAUGCCUCCUGAAGCUGUUGAUCUUGUUUCAAGACUGCUACAAUACUCUCCUAAUUUGCGUUGCUCAGCUUUGGAUGCUUUGAUCCACCCCUUCUUUGAUGAGCUACGUGAUCCAAAUACCCGCCUGCCAAAUGGACGUUUUCUUCCCCCAUUAUUCAAUUUUAAGCCGCAUGAGCUGAAGGGCGUACCAGCGGAAACCCUGGUGAAGUUGAUUCCCGAGCACGCCAGAAAGCAGCGUCCCUCCGUUGGAUUAUAGUUUUUCUUAAGUAGGAGACGAACAAUCAAGCUUUUUCUGUAAGAGACUGCAUCUUUUCCUAAUCCUGUUUGCUUCUCUUUUUAUCCUUUGUGCUUCUUCAUCAUGGCCCUUGAACAUUAUGUGGGUAAGGGUGACUAAUUAUCUAAACAAAUAUGUUGGGAUUUCGUUUAUUUUCUUGAUCUUCUGUAGAUGAUUCACUCUCUUUUUUCGUGCU